GCUGAUAGCGCGCGGAUGUCAGGCUAUGACAUCACAGAAGCAGAAGAACAGGAGGAGGAGGACCUGGACUCAGAUAGGAACCGAACCUCAGCCAGAACUUUAAAGGUCCGCCAGGUGCGCUGGAUUUACCGGUUCCGGUCCAAAGCUGAUCAAAGCGGACAAACACAGUUCUUGAAGCUCCGCCCACCUUUUGUGACGUCACAAUCGCACCUGAAAUCAGCCACGAUGACGUCGACACCUGAGAUCGAUGCGAAGAAGAGAACCGAGGAAGAUGAAGAUGAAGAGGAGGAGGAAGGUUGGAACCUUCCGGUCAAAGCGUCGGAGGACGACCCGACCAGCCAAUCAGACGCCGGGGAUAAAACCGCCGAAGGGCUGAGCAUCGGCUGGGACUCGGCCGAGGAGUCCGGCGUCACGCUGUCCGACUCCACCAGGGAGGAGUUGCCAUGGCAACGGCAGAAGCAGGAGGCGCGCGACGAGGCGGAGACGGUGGCGGUGGGUUCGUCUCCCAACGGGCGAUUCCUGAAAUUCAACAUCGAGAUCGGAAGAGGUUCCUUCAAGACGGUUUACAAAGGCCUGGACACGGAGAAGACGGUGGAGGUGGCCUGGUGCGAGCUGCAGACUCACAGUCUGAGCAGAUCCGAGCGCCAGCGCUUCAGCGAGGAGGUGGAGAUGCUCAAAGUCCUGCAGCAUCCCAACAUCGUGAGGUUCUACGACUCCUGGAAGUCCGCCAAGUGCAUCAUCCUGGUGACGGAGCUCAUGACGUCUGGGACGCUCAAAACGUACGUGCGCCGGUUCCGCCCGAUGAAGCUCAAGCUGCUGCAGAGAUGGAGCCUGCAAAUCCUGAAAGGUCUCCACUUCCUGCACUCGCGCUCGCCACCCAUUCUCCACCGAGACCUUAAAUGCGACAAUGUCUUCAUCAAUGGACCCACCGCCUCGGUCAAGAUCGGGGACUUGGGCCUUGCGACGCUCAAGAAGGCCUCGUUCGCCAAGAGCGUCAUCGGAACUCCUGAGUUUAUGGCUCCCGAGAUGUAUGAGGAGAAGUAUGACGAGGCCGUGGACAUUUACGCCUUCGGUAUGUGCAUGCUGGAGAUGGCAACUUCAGAGUAUCCGUACUCCGAGUGUCAAAACGCAGCCCAGAUCUACCGCAAAGUCACCAACGGAAUCAAGCCGGAUAAUUUUUCUAAAGUACAAAACCAGGAGCUGAAAGAGAUAAUCGAGGGCUGCAUCCGAACCAACAGCAGUGAGAGGUUCACGGUUCAGGAUCUGCUGGAGCACCGGUUCUUGCAGGAAAAGACGGGUUACUAUGUGGAGCUUGCUGAGGAAGAUGAUGGUGCAAAGGCGGCGCUGAAGCUCUGGCUCAGGGUGGAAGACAAGAAGAAGCUUCUGGGCAAAUACAAAGACAACAAUGCCAUUGAGUUCCUUUUUGAGCUGUACAAAGACGUCCCUGAAGAGGUCGCCCAGGAGAUGGUGAUCCUGGGAUUUGUGUGUAAGGCCGACUACAAGGUGAUCGCCAAGGCGAUCAGGAACCGAGUGACUGCCAUCAAGCAGCAGCGGGACAAAAAGCGCCGCCUGCUGGAGGAAGCUCUGAACAACCUUAAAGCGGUUGUCAGCAGGAAGGCCACUGAGCCCGCCUCCGAUCAGUCCAAACUGUCCAAUCAGAAGCCUGCAUCGGUUCUGACUGCUUCUGGAAGAAUGGCUAAUCAGAAUGAUGUUCCUGCUGACAUACAAGCCCCGCCCACGGCACCCAGCCCAACAGGGAUGUGGUUGGCCAGCAGCAGCCCGGCAGAUUCUGGGAUCAGCGUCUUGUCCAGCAAAACGGAAGAAGAUGGAGACGAGGACCAAGACAAGACAACCAGACAGGCGUCUCACUCCUCAGCUGCCUCAGCUGACUGUGAGACAGGAAUAUUCUUCAACACCCCUCCUGUGACUCCAGAGGCUCCUCCUCCUUCGUUAAGCUCCGCCCCCAAUCCAGGGACUCCGCCCCCUUUGAGACGGAAACAUUCCAAAGCUCCGCCCUUCCCGGUGUUGCGCUUCCCGAAGAGCAUUGCUGUUUCCCAAAGUUCAGAGAAACAUCGCACUGAUUCACGCUGCGGCUUCUGCUCACCUGUCGACAGCUACUCCUCUGACAUAACAUCCAUGAGUGACGGCAACGAUGGCCAAUCAGAACGGAGCAAGCAGGAAGCAGCGAAAAGAGAAGCAACGAAGCAGUUCAGGCGUAGAGCCAGAGCCCGGCUGAGGAUCGUCGGGGUGUCGGACAAGGUGGACCGAGUGGUGGAGUGUCAGCUGCAGACUCACAACAACAAGAUGGUGACCUUCAAGUUUGACCUGGAUGGAGACAAUCCAGAGGACAUCGCCUCUGUGAUGCUGCACAGAGACUUCAUCCUGCCAUCAGAGAGAGAGGGGUUUAUUCUACGCAUGUAUGAAAUCAUAAAGAGGGCGGAGUUAAUGAUGCAUCAGCAGCAUCCAGCAGGCGCCAGCAGGUUGCCCAACUUGACUGCAUCUGCAUUGCCCGAAUCACAGUUAAACGAGGCAACAAAGGGUCUGUCCAGGACUUUGUCCUCGUCCUCUUUACCUGAUAUUGAUAACAGUGACCCCUCACCUUUGAAAGCUAUGGAUUUCCGCAUCGACAAAGAGGCCACACCCCUCGUCAGACCACUGAGGUCACAGUCGUUUCAGACUCCAUCAGCUUCCUCCUAUCAGCACCCCCAGGUCUCCCUCCACUACCCCCACCAAGAAUCCAACACUACUCCCCAACCGCAUCCCCCACAUGCUGCUCAAUAUCAACUCCAGACUCACCCCUAUUCCACUUACACUGCCUCCUUCCCAACCAUGUCCGCCAUCUCCCGACUGCCCCGGGUGCAAAGCAACCCUUCCCUUUUCACGCCUACCUCUUCUCCACCAGCACCCAACCCUCCCCAAUGGCCCUCCGCAGACCAACCUUACUUUUCCUUGGCUAAUGUCAUCUCUGUGGCAAUGAGUGUGGCUCAGUCCCUCUUGCCCCAAUCUGGGGCCCCCAAUCAGGGCUUGUAUCCCCACACUCCGCCUUUAUCUCCCCCAUUCUCAAACCCCCAACCUCCCCUCUCUUCCUCUGGGUCUCCAUCUUUGGGUUCUGGUCUCCAUCAUCAAAACCAAGGUUCAUUUUCCAAUUCCUUCUCCAUACAACAAACAUACUCCCCACCAAGACCUCGGACUGGCUCAUGUAGGGACAGUGAGCAGGGUCCCAGAACCAACAGGGUCCCAGAAACACCUCAGCUCAACAGUUCUGUCCGUAAAGCUGACUUAGCCUCACCCCCUCAUGGUUCAGGUACACCCUUUUCUCCAAGUCUGACCAGGAGACCCAAUCACAGAGAAGAGUUCUCAGACUCAUCGACCUCUUCCUCCACAUCAUCUCCUCAUCCAUCAACUCCUCGCAAAAUGGUGUCCCCUCCUGUUUCUCCGUCAGGAAGAAUGUCUCCGACCCUGAAAGUAAAGAAACCAGGUUUCACAGUUGGACGCUUCCAGGUGUCGCCCUCUUCAGGAGGUCCCUCUGUCAGUCAUCAAGGACCAUCCACUCAAGACCACACCACCGCCACCACCCGGUCCGUGACUCCAUCCAAUAAAAAUCAACCAGAGCACACAGGAAGCAGUACAGAGACGAGCCAAUCAGAGAGCAGCAACCCCACAGUCACCAUCUCCCCUCCUGGCAACAACGACAGCCUGUCUGGUCAGGAGCAGAAGACGAAGGGGAGCCGCAGGCAGAGUGUCAGUCUGUGGGAGGGGUCAGGGAGCAGCCAAUCAUGGAGCCGCUCUACCACCUACAGCUCUGAUGAAUCAGAGGACGAGGAAAUGUGGGAGGAGCUAAUAGAGCUUCGUCACAGACACCUGGGGGAGGUGCAGAGCCUGCAGGUGAGUCAGAAGCGAGAAAUUGAAGAGCUCUAUCGAGAGAAAGGUAAAGCCCCGCCCCCCAGCAUUAUCCCUCCGGCGGCCAUGUUGAAACACCGCCACCGCCGUCUCUCCAAACCAGCAAACUACACCCUGCCUCGCAGAAACAGCCUGCAGAGACAGGACAUACCGCCCCCUUCAGGCAUCAUGAGGAAGAACUCAGUGAGCGGCAGCAGCAGUGGAUCUCAGGACAAAGCUCUGAAAGGUGUGACGUUCGCUCCAGGAUACGGCUGCAUGGUGAGCAGAGAACCUCAGCUCCCAAAACCAAAGUGAGAGAGGAGCUGCUGAAGAACCUGCAGACCAUCAGAGCUGCAGACACAUUUCAGCUCCUCAGGAGGAAACGGAGCUUCAUGCAGAUUCAACCCGAUGGUUUCAGAUCUGAUGCUUCAGGGUCCGAACCGGACUGAUACGUUCAGCAUCAUGAAGAUAUUAAAGUUAAAGAAAAUCUGGAUUCAUGUUUCAGAUGAUGUAAGAGAUUUGGAAAAUCUGGAAGCUAACUGGGUGUGACGAAGGCUCCCGCCAUGAAGGCAGCUUUAAACCUGUUUUAUUUAUUUAUUUAUUCUUAUUUUUAUUGCUAAGCUUCACCAUGGCGACAUAUUUUUCUCAAAAUCUUGUUUAUAAAUGUUAAUAAGUUAAUAUGUUAUUGCUGCUGGUUCAGUUUCUCAUCAGGUUGAAGUUACAGCAGCAGCUCAUCUGUGCCUUAUUUAAUGGAUUGCUGCUGAAGCUGAACAUAAAACCUGGAAGUUGUUUUUGCUUCGGUUUUUAAAGUUUGAAACAUUAAGAAGGUUUAAUAAAAUAUUCCUGACGAGUCUCAUAUUUUUGUAAAAUCUUACCUGCGGAUCGAUAAGAGAUAAAUUAAUAACUGCUUGACUCUUC